CACACACACACACACACACACACACACACGCCUCCUCCGCACGCCUAUCUGUGGAAAUAAACGGAGUUACUCACCGCUGCUCGGAGGAAGUCGUUUUGCGAAGAGCCGGAAUGUCUGACUUAUGAGAUUAUAUCCUCUUAAAAUCACUUCUUCGUCCUCCUCUUCUUGUAAUUCUAUUUUUUAACAACUCCAUUUAAGUUUUACUCAAGCUUGGACAGAUGACCUCCAAGCCCGGACUGUGAGCUGCUGAAGGCCGGCACCAUGCUGCUGUCGCUCGGCCCGCUGCCGCUGCUGCUGCCGCUGCUGCUCUCCGGAGGCUCUGCUGCCGUUCCACGUCCAGAAAAUGUGAGUGUGAGCUGCCAGAACUUCCACACCGUCGUCUACUGGAACUACAGCCGGCAGCAUCCGCAGACCACCUUCAGACUCACCAUCGGCAACACUAAUGAACAAGUUGAGAGAGAAACUAAGGAGCUUCAGUACGACUUGACUGACUUCAUCUGGCAAUCUUCUCAAAACUUCAAGGCCAACAAUUAUGUCCAAAUAAGAGCCGUACAGGGAGGCCAGGAGUCGCCAGCCGUCGAUUCUCCGAUAUUCUCAUUUAACAGCUUGAUGACGGCUGCAGUAACAUGUAAGUUGGAUUUCCCACCGGUGGAUCUGUCAGUGAAGGGGUCGCAGGGCGAGGCUACAGUGAGCUUCCAGAACCCGCGGCUCUUCUACAGGGAGCUCCGGGGGCUCCCGCAGCUGCAGCCGCUGUUUGGGUUCACGCUCAGCUCCGACAGCGACUACCAGUGGAGCUGUGAGGAUGAGGAGAUCUGCAGAUAUGAUUUCGCGUUUGAUGAGAGCCAAGAGAACUGCUGCGUCCAGCUGAGCGGAGAGAUGUUUGACAACAGCAGAUCUAACACUUUUCUGUUCACCACGACGCAGCAGAUCUGUGCCAGCAGCUCAGACAGCCACCUGGUGGCCCUUGUUAUUUCGCUGUUGGUCUUUGUCACUGUGGUCGUGGUGCUAACCCUGGUGAUCUGCAAGGUAAGGGCAUGGGUGAUGAGUCCGCCCCCCACCCCAAAGUGUCUGGAUUCUCUGCUCACAAACCCGGAGGAGGAAGGGACCCAGUCGCUGCAUCCGAGCGAGUCCGGCGCCGGUGCUGCUGCUGAACCGGUGGUGGCCAAAAUAACCGUCGUCUCUGAGAAGGCAGACGAGGAUUCCUGCGAGACCGACAGCAGCUGCGUCGGGUCCGAUGUCUCCCCUCCAACUCCCGCCGGCUCCAUGUACCUGUACGGCGGCCUGUCAGACGAGGAUGAGGAAGAGGAAGAGGAGGAGAGGGCGGGCUACGAUCGCCCACACCUACCGGUGGACAUGGGUGGCGGCGACAUGGUGCAGGGUUACGACGCAAGGUGAAUGACGGACAGACAUCUUGGUUCAGGAUCAACGCUUUGACUCAGCACGCUCAGCUCAUCCAGCACUGCAAAGACGAGUCCACCACAAGUCAUUCAGUGUUCGGACAAAAUCAAACAAGCGGGGGUGAGAUAAUCCCACGUUCCCACUGCAAAUUCCAGAGUUUGAUCUGCCUCAUUCUGCCUUGUUUCGACAGAUUUGUACAAGUGAGACAGCAUUGGAAGCACGUGGGAUUAUCUCAUGCCACCGGUGGAUUUUUUUUUCACUUGUUUGAAGGAAAAACAAGAGUUUAACACUGACAAUGAGGCUAAAUUACUUUUAUGACUUGCUGAGAUGGAGGUUUCUUCUCUCGCCGAGCUGUUGUGUCCUACGCCAUCAAGCUGGAAACCGCACUAAAACGGAGACAAAAGACUCGGGCCGCGAUCAUGACCUUUUGACCUUAUGUAAAUAAUUACUACUGUUUUAUUUUCGAAGGAUGGAAUUCUCCUUUCUUGCUGCGUUUAUGAAGGAGUCAAGCUGGUGGCCUUCCAGUUACCAGCCGAUUUAAACUUUGAGGUGUGUAUCGUCCCCCCCCCGGCGCCUGCACAGAGGCCGGCAGCGUCACUGUGAAAGGUGACGUCUGCUCCUGUGGCGUUUUUAACAGCUGCCGAGGAUCGUAAAAGGGACGAACACGUCACGAUACCCGCUAAGAGAUCUUCAGCCCCAAAGCAAUAAUUACAAUUUCUAGAAACUUAUAAAGCACUUUGAUGUUAGGAUUUUAAAUGUCUUUCACUGCAGCUCGACAGAAUCUGUUGACUUUCAUUGGAAAAUGGUGGCUGGGACUCGGUGGCUGAGCUGAAUUCAGCUGCUGUUCUGUCAACGGGAAGGAAUUUGUGCCAGGCGUAACAGGUAGCUGAAGUCUUUCACACUGUAACUCUGUAAAUCUUUUCACUGCAAAAACUCAAAAUCUUACCGAGAUUAUUUGUCUUAUUUCAAGUCAAAAAUGUCUUAUUACUAGUCAAAAUAUCUCAUUGCACUUAAAAUAAGACAUGAUCGCCUCAGAAGUAAA